AUGUCCGAGCAGGAUGCCAUCCGCUGCAUGCCUGCGAUUGCUGGGAUUGACUGUGCACUUUGCAAACAGCUGCUGCGAUCACCGGUGGCUACAGGAGAUGGUUAUUCGUAUUGCCGGCAGUGCAUCUUGGAUUGGUACCGCGCACAUGACCGGCAAAAUCGAGUGCUGGCAUCUCCAAUCACCAAUGAGCCCCUCACUGACAGGAUGCUACUUCCAAAUUUAAAUCUGCGGGAUGCCAUUCGCGCACUUCAUGACCGCGCUAUGCCGGCGUGGAGAGACGCCGAGAAGGAGCGAUUGGCAUUGCGCCGGGAGAUCCGCAAGAUGGCUACCAAAGACACGUUGGACCCUCGCGUGGCAGAUGCAAAAGCGGAGGCCGAUCAGACUCGUGUUCAAUUGCAGAACACCAAGCAGGAGCUGCAGCGAUUGCAGAUCGAGCUGGAAAGAUACCACACAGUGAUGGAGGACCGGGAUGCAUCCGUCAGGGAUGUUGAAACGCAGGCUCGUCUUGCUGGCCUGGCUGCUGAACUCCAAUCAAGCAAGACAGAGGUGACCAGAUUGCAGCAGGAGUUGGAGAAGACCAGGGCUCAGGCGCGACUUCAGGCUGAAAAGCUGGAAGUGUCCUCCAUCGAGCUCCAGCGGGCGCGGCUAUCAGAACAAAGCUUGCAACAGGACCUUUCCCGCAUGAAAGAUGAGUACCGUGGGGCGCUUGCCCUGAAACCAACUCCGAGCAAAGAGGUUGAGCUGACAAAGGCCCACCAGGAGCUGACAGCCAGCCAGGCACACAUCGCCGACCUGCAGGCGAAGCUGAUUGCGGCGCGCCAGGCAGUGUCACGUCCUGACAGCCCCACUGCUUUGGAGCUACCUCCAGCUAGCCUUUUGCAAGCCGACCUUUCGCAGAUGAAGCAGGCGCUGUCCAGGCAGGACACCACGAUAGCAGAGCUGCAGACGCAGAUCACGGCAGUGCGUGCAGAACGCAGGCACUGGCAGGAGCUCGGCGAGUGGCGGGAGCAGCGGCGCCUUGAAGCAGAGGAUGAAGCGCUUCGGCUGCGGAACGAGUUGGCGACCAUUGAGCGACGGAACUUGAUCAGCUCGGAGCUUGAGCGCACGGCAGAGGUGGCGACGCAAGAGGCGGAGCGCCUGGAGAUGGAGCUGCUGCGCGUCCAGGGACAGCGGCAGCAGUCUGACAGCCAGUUGGCCGGGCUGGCCUCGGCACUGGGGGUCACAGAGGCCGACCCCGAGGCCGAGGCACUGAUUGUGAAGGUCCAGGAGCUGCAGGGGCAGAUGCAGGGCCAGGAAGCCUUGCUGCGAGACCUGGCGGCAUCCCUGACGGCUUCGGCAGCGGAGAUGCCCAGCCCAUCGGAUGCGAAGGGGGAGGCCACGUCAGCUGGAGCGGAUGAUGUUGAACGCGUGAUCAAGUCAAUCGACAUCUUGAAAGCCAAGGUGCACGAGGCUGCUCGUGAAAUUUUCGUCCGCGAUGAACUUCUGGCAGAGGCCGCAGCGGGCAUCGCAGACUUUUUGGAGGCCCUGGGCCUGGCAGCGCCGCAGUUGCCCAAAGGUGCUGUCGAGGCCACCCGGGCGGCCUUAGAGGCAUUGGAUGCUGCGGAAGACUCCGCUGCACGCUUGGCGCGUGCGGCAGCCUCGGCGAAGCAGACGCCCAGCGCAAGGACCGAUGAUGUGUCUCGGAUGAGUUCGGAGCAGUGA